AUGCCCCGCCCACCCGAGACACCCGAUGUGAGAGCAUCAAAAGGACUAGCCUACAUACUCAGACACGGAGCGGAGAAAGAAGGGUUGAAUAUCAGGUCAGACGGGUACAUCAAAUUGGAUGAUGUGCUCGCUCGACCUAAGAUGCGAGAUGUCGAUGUGAACAUGGUCCUUCGACUAGUAGCUGAAAAUGCCAAACAACGAUUCCAGCUAUUUUACGGGUAUGAUCCUAGUCCACCUAGACCUAAGAAGAUGAAGAAAGGACAACAACCCAAGAAACAGCGUCCACCGCCACCACAAGUUGUCACUGCUGCUUCUACUGACUCACACAACAUCGAGAAAACACGCAAAUUGGACGAAGAGGGGGACGGAUUGAGCCCGAUCCCAUUACAAGAUGCGAAUGGGAUUGACGCAGCUGAGAUAGAUAAUAUACAAUCCAACUUAUCGAAGACUACCAUCUCAUCACGAGGUGAAAAUGGAAUUGGAUAUGUCGAACUACCUUUAGUAUCUCUACCUAAUCCGAAUGAAAGUAAUGGUACCGGCGAAGCAGGAUCAUCAUCAUCAUCGUCGAUCAAAGGUGAAUAUUUCAUACGUGCAACUCAGGGUCAUUCGAUAAAACUAGAAGGUACUUCUCAUCUCGAAGAGUUGCUAGAUGAUGAAGAGGGAAGGAAAAAGGCGGGAGUGAUGGUUCAUGGUACUAGAUUGGAACUGUGGGAUAUACUAAAGACUCAAGGUCUCUCCAAAAUGUCCCGUCAGCAUAUCCACCUCGCACCCUCACACCACGGCUCCAUCGUCCCUCGACCAAACUCAACAUUAUACCUCUACCUAUCUUUAUCGAAAUUGAUCGAAAACAACAUACCGGUAUAUGUCAGUGCGAAUGGCGUGGUGCUUACUCCCGGUGACGAAAAGGGGAUCGUACCUAAAGAAUUAUGGAGAAAAGUAGUGAAAGUGCAGAAAAGCAAAGAGAAAGAUGAAAAUGGCAAGUACAGGACUAGUAGGGUGGUCAUUUGGGAAGAUGGAGAAAUUGUGGAUGAGAGGGAAGAGGCGGAGGGCGAGGAGGGGAUCUAA